AUGCAAAUAAUCAAAUGUGUCGUUAUAGGUGAUUACGACGUUGGUAAAACUGAACUUCUGAUAACUUACAAAACUGGCAAAUUCCCUCACGGAUAUGUUCCUAAAGCUUGUGACAAUCAUGAAGUUACUGUCAUGAUUGGUGAUAGACAAUAUACUUUAGGUCUUUUUGAUACUACUGGUCAAGAAGAUUACGAUCACCUUCGUCGUCUCUCGUAUUCUCAAACAGAUGUCUUUUUGAUUUGUUUUUCUGUAAUCUCACCGGCUUCUUUUGAAAAUGCCAAAGAAAAGUGGUUUUCUGAGGUUCAAAACCAUUGUCCAGGAAUUCCAUGCUUGAUCGUUGGUACUAAAAUAGAUUUGCGGGAUGAUCCAUUGACGGUUUGUGAGUUGAGACAAAACAAUAUGAGACCAGUAACUUCAAAGCAAGGCAAAAAACUCGCUCAAGAAUUAGGGGCAGUUAAGUAUGUUGAGUGCUCAAUCCUUUCGCAAAAAGGCUUGAAAAAAGUUUUUGAUGAAGCAAUAGCUGCUACUUUUGAACCACCCGUUAUAAUGC